CUCACAUUUCCUGGCAUCUGCAAUCAUGGGUCCAGAGCCCACGAUGCGGCUCCUUCUGCUGGGGGGUUGCCUCCUGCUCUCAGGAUCUACAGCCUUGGAGGGUCCGAAGGAGAUCAGCGGGUUUGAAGGAGACACUGUGUCGGUGCGGUGCUCCUAUGGGGAGGAGCUGAAGGGGCACCAGAAAUACUGGUGCAAGAAGAGCCGGAUCUUCUUUUCUUACCACUGCUCUGACACCAUCUACACUGGAAAAGACGGCCAAGAGGCGGUGUCGGGCAGGGUAUCCAUCCGCGACAGUCGCCAGGAGCAGGCGUUCACCGUGACCCUGAGGAACCUCACCCAGAAGGAUGGCGGGAAGUACUGGUGUGGGGUCUCAAAACUGGGCUUCGAUGAGAGUUUCCUGAUCACCCUGGUCGUCCUUCCAGGGCCCUGCUGUCCUCAUUCCCCUUUUCCCUCCUUCCAGCCUCCUGCUACAACUCUUGCUGCAAGGAGUCUCCAGCCCAAGGCAAAAUCUCAGCAAACUCAGCCCCCAGAAUUGACUUCUCCUGGUCUCCACCUGAGCGUCACCACAGCCAAGCAAGGGAAGACAGGGGCCGAGGCCCUUCCACAUACAAGGACCUCCCUGCAUGGGCAUGCAGGACGCUCUCUCUACACAGGAGCCUCUCCUCAGGCUGAGACCUCUCCUUAUGCAAGGAGCUCCCGCCUGGCCAUACAACUGGACUCCACCUCAGCAAAAGGCACAAGUUUCAUCUCCAGCAGCAGCAGCAGCAGCUCCAGGGUGUCCACUCGGACGGUCCGUAUCUUGGCCCCAGUCCUGGUGCUGCUGGCCCUUCUGCUGGCUGCAGGCCUGGCCGGUCUCGGCAGCCAUGUGCUCCGCCGGAAAGAAGAAGCUCAUCUGGCCAUGGAGACAGAGAAGAACCAGAAGGUCCACUUCUCACAUUCGACAUCAAAGGAAGAGGAGGCCUCUUCCCAGGACCCCAAGAGGGACAGCAUCCCAGUGCCUCCCCACCACUUGUCUGAGGAGAAGCUGUUCUGCUCAGAGUUCAUCUCUGUCUAGCACGCCCUCCUGGCCAGGCCUGCUGUGAAACUGAACAACCGACUUUGCACUAACUUGCACAA